UCCAAAAUAGCCGAAUUCACCAGAAACCCAGGGAAAAAAAGAGAAGGAAAAAUUAGAAAUAAGAAGGAAACUCUCGCCCGGAAAUUCAAUCAUCAAUUCGCUCUCGAUCAAUUUCACCCUAUUCUUCAUCGCGCCGUUUGUUUCAAUCCUUCUUUCUGCUGAAACAAAUUGACGAUUUUAUAUUCUUUUCCUCCCUUACUCUGAUGAAUUGAAUUUGACAAUUUGACAUUGGAUGGUUAAGUUUGAAAUUUAGGGGGAACUUUUAUUAUUAUUUUUUUGAUAGGGAGCUGCGUUUGAAUGAAAUAUAUAAGUAGAUUGGGGGAAUUUUAGGGGUUUCGUUUUUUCGUCGACUAAUUUUGGGAGCAAAAUGAAGCCAAUGCAGACUUUGCAAGAUCUAAUUGAAGAAGCCAAACUCCGAACAGUGUGGUGGGCUCUUUGUAUAUUCGCCUUCUCUUACUUCUUAACUCACACAAGUAAAUCAAUGUGGAUGAAUUUGCCAAUAGCUGUACUUUUGGUCUCUGGAUUACGGAUAUUGUUUAAUGAGGUAGACUUCCAUUGGAAGGUUCGGAAAGUCUCACAAGUAACAUAUUUGUCACACUUGGAAAAGAAGCAGUUAUCUGUGAACGAUUCUCGCCUUUCUACCGUGCCUCUUCCACCAAAAUGGAAAAGGAAAAUCGAUUCUCCUGUUGUAGAGGCAGCAGUUGAAGAUUUUGUCAACAAGCUUCUGCAGGAUUUUGUUGUAGAUCUCUGGUAUUCUGCCAUUACUUCUGACCUGGAGGCUCCUAAGCUAAUCCAUGAUAUGUUUAUGGAUGCGCUUGGUGAAGUGUCUGGAAGAGUCAAAGAGAUAAACCUUGUUGACUUGUUGACAAGGGAUGUAGUAGACCUUGUAGGUGAUCACAUAGAUCUUUUCCGACAAGUCCAGGCUACAAUAGGCGUAGAUGUUAUGGGCACCUUGUCUUCUGAAGAAAGAGAUGAAAGGUUGAAGCACCACCUUCUGGCUUCUAAGGAGCUUCACCCUGCUUUGAUAUCUCCUGAGUGUGAGUACAAGUUUCUUCAGCGUCUCAUGGGUGGUGUUAUAGCUGCGGUUCUUAGACCGAGGGAAUCCCAGUGUCCCCUGGUUCGAUGCAUGGCUAGGGAGCUUCUAACAUGUUUGGUUAUGCAACCUGUUAUGAACUUAGCAAGUCCAGCGUAUAUUAAUCAGUUGAUUGAAAGUAUUUUAAUUGCUAUUAAGGAGGGGUUAACGGAGGGAGAUCUUGAUGAGUUGUCAACUAUGGAAGAUCAUGAUAAUGACCAUUCUGUCGCUGCAGACUCCGUAACUGGUGAACCCUCUUUAAGGAAAAAUGCAGCUUUGAACAAUCAUGGAACUGAUAUGGUGACAUCUCAUUUUGAUAAGCAAAGAAGACUAUCAUCAGAUGUACAAGGAAUUUCACUUUAUGAUACAACGGUAGAUGAGCCCCAUCCACAACCGGCUGACUGGGCCCGUAAACUCGAGGCAGCAACCCAGAGAAGAACAGAAGUUCUAAUGCCUGAAAAUCUUGAAAACAUGUGGGCGAUCGGAAGAAAUUAUAAAAAGAAACUCCAGAAGAGUACUACUACUGGACUUCAAACUCCAGGAAAUAAUGGCUCAGUAAACAGUUCCAUCCCUGGUAAACAUAUGGGGAAGGAAGUGCUACAGGACUUCAGGCCCCUGGAGUUUCCUCCUCCAUCAAGUGCAGUCGACGAAAAAGUUGUGAUGCAACUGCCUCUGAGGCCUCACCUAGACACUGGAUAUGGUAAUCGUGUCAAUCAUUUGUCUCGGGAUCUCAACAAAGGAAUAUCUUCGGGGGAGGGGUUUCUGGAUAAGGAACAUAGGGGUAGCACUGCAGUUGUUGUUAAUCAGACUGCAGGUGGGCUUAGAAGAUCAAAUAGUGCUUCUGAUCUGAGAGUUCCGUCAAAAAUGGAUGUUCAAUUUACAAGUAAAGGCAGAGGCAUAAUUUCGGAAUUCUACAGUGCAAACUCUAGCAGACGUAAUGAAGUUCAUAGUCUCAUGGCAGCAUCAGACAUGAUCUUACAUGGCGAGGCAUUGCAUGCUCCAAAGCUUAAAUGUCGGGUUGUAGGAGCAUACUUUGAGAAACUUGGGUCAAAAUCAUUUGCAGUUUAUUCUAUAGCAGUGACUGACGCUGUUAAAAGAACUUGGUUUGUGAAGAGAAGAUACAGGAACUUUGAGAGAUUGCAUCGACAUCUUAAGGAUAUUCCCAAUUACACGUUACACCUGCCUCCUAAGAGGAUAUUCUCUUCAAGCACAGAGGAUACUUUUGUUCAUCAACGUUGCAUCCAGCUUGACAAAUAUCUGCAAGAUCUUUUGUCAAUUGCUAAUGUCGCUGAACAACAUGAAGUGUGGGAUUUUCUCAGUGUCUCAUCGAAGAAUUACUCCUUUGGAAAAUCUUCUUCAGUGAUGAGAACACUGGCUGUUAAUGUGGAUGAUGCCGUGGAUGACAUUGUACGGCAGUUCAGAGGAGUUUCUGAUGGCUUAAUGAAGAAGGUUGUUGGUUCACCUUCUUCUUCAUUUGAUUUAUCUUCAUCAGUUCCAAGCAGGCAUGUAUCUUGGAAUGCAGAUGAUAUUAAUAAAAUGUCCUUGAUGCAAAGUGCUUCAGAGUCAGUUAACAGCUUUUCUGAUAAUGAAGAAGUCGAUAAAGAUGGCCAGGUUCGGUCGGAAGUAGAAUCCAGUACACAAGCUAAUGGCUGGCAUUCAGACAAUGAGUUGAAUUCGAAAGGGUUUCCUCCACGGGUCGUUAAACGUGAUGGUGAUUUUGGAAACUUGGAUUCUGUGGUGAAACAUGAUACAGAACUAUCUAAUUCACUCAGCCUGGGGAAAGCUCCAGAUUUAAGUUUGGCAUUGACAUCUAAUCAGUCGGGGGAUCCAGCUGAGGUGCCACCAGAGUGGACUCCACCUAAUUUAACUGUACCUAUACUGAAUCUAGUAGAUAAGAUAUUCCAGCUCAAGAAAAGAGGGUGGAUAAGAAGACAAGUUUUCUGGAUGUCAAAGCAAAUUUUGCAGUUAAUGAUGGAGGAUGCCAUUGAUGACUGGCUUUUAAGGGAAAUUCACUGGCUUCGUAGAGAAGAUGUUGUUGCUUAUGGAAUACGAUGGAUUCAAGAUGUCCUUUGGCCUGAUGGCAAAUUCUUCCUGAAAUGGAAUAUUGAAUCUCAAGCGGACGCUAGUGAACAGAGUCAAGUCUCUGUGCAAACUCCAGAACAAUCAGCUCGAAGUAAAGCCUAUAGACCUGGUUCAUUUGAGCAACAGCUGGAGGCUGCUCGUAGAGCUAGUGAUGUGAAGAAGUUGCUUUUUGAUGGUGCUCCAUCCGCAUUGGUCAGCUUGAUAGGGCAUAAGCAGUAUAGGCGGUGUGCUAGGGAUAUAUAUUAUUUCCUUCAGUCUACCAUUUGUUUAAAGCAACUUGCGUAUGGAAUACUUGAACUCGUACUCGUAUCAAUUUUUCCGGAGCUUCAGGAUGUUGUGAUGGAUAUCCAUGAGAAGAUGCGUGCUCAACAUGUAUAGGGGCAAUUUUUCCUUUAUGCCCAAUGUCGGAGUGAUUUGAGUUCCUAACAGCUCCAGUAACAGUGUGGAUACCAGAUAUUGUGGUGAAGAUCUGGAGAGACUACCAUACCAUAAUUGGCUUAACUUGAAAUCCGUAACAUGGUGAUUGGCUUGCAAAGCUCGCUUUCCUUGACAAGCUGAAUUGGAUGGUAAAGAGGUCCAAAUUUGUUUUUAUGCUCUGUGGUUUCUGCUUAUAUUCGAGGUGUACAAUAGUGAAAGGUAGGUUUUGCAAGAAAGUGUCUGUUUAAGUGCUCAAUCAUGUCUCCUCUUUGAUGGGGAUCCUUGUAAUUAUAUUUCCUCUAGUUUCAGAUCUUAGCAUUGAUCGAGUUAUUGAGCAGUGGCGUCUGUUGAUGAAAUUCAUUUUUUUUUAAAAAAAAAAAAUUAGGUUCUAUAUAUUCUUCUUUGUAUCGUAA